AUGGCUGGGACUGCGAGUGGUGACGCUGGAGCUGGAAGAACUGCUGAUGGGAUUUCAAGUGGGCAGCGCUGCCAGUCAGGUGAAGCCUUGGCCGAAUGGCGAUCUUCCGAGCAGGUGGAAAAUGGAACUCCAUCAACUUCACCCCCUUAUUGGGACACUGAUGAUGAUGACGAUGGUGGGCUGAAACCCUCACAAUUAUAUGGAAAAUAUACAUGGAAGAUUGAGAAAUUUUCACAGAUCAACAAGAGAGAACUCCGUAGUAAUGUUUUUGAGGUUGGCGGCUACAAAUGGUACAUUUUGAUUUAUCCCCAAGGCUGUGAUGUCUGCAAUCAUCUCUCUUUAUUUCUCUGUGUUGCCAACCAUGACAAGCUUCUUCCAGGUUGGAGCCAUUUUGCCCAGUUUACUAUAGCUGUGGUGAACAAAGAUCCAAAGAAAUCAAAAUACUCUGAUACAUUGCAUCGUUUUUGGAAGAAAGAGCAUGAUUGGGGUUGGAAAAAAUUUAUGGAGCUGUCAAAAGUUUCGGAUGGAUUCUUAGAUGCUGCUGACACUCUCAUUAUCAAGGCUCAAGUCCAAGUCAUCAGGGAGAAAACAGACAGGCCUUUUCGUUGCCUUGACUGUCAAUAUAGGAGAGAGCUUGUCAGAGUAUAUCUGACAAAUGUAGAGCAGAUCUGUCGACGCUUUGUAGAAGAGAGACGGGGCAAGCUUGGUAGAUUAUUGGAGGACAAAAAUAGGUGGUCAAGCUUUUGUGCUUUCUGGUUGGGAAUGGAUCAAAAUUCUCGGCGCCGCAUGUCUAGGGAGAAGAUGGAUGUUAUUCUUAAAGUAGUUGUAAAGCAUUUCUUCAUAGAGAAGGAAGUUACAUCAACUUUGGUGAUGGAUUCCUUGUAUAGUGGGUUAAAGGCUCUCGAAGGACAAACUAAGAACAAGAAAGGAAGAGUCAAGUUAUUGGACGCUGAAGAAAUCCCAGCUCCUAUUGUACGUGUUGAGAAGGAUACAUUUGUUUUAGUGGAUGAUGUGCUAUUAUUACUUGAGAGGGCUGCUAUGGAACCCUUACCUCCUAAAGAUGAGAAGGGCCCUCAGAAUCGCACAAAGGAUGGGAAUUCCGGGGAUGACUUUAACAAGGAUUCUAUUGAGCGUGAUGAAAGGCGACUUACAGAAUUGGGCCGCAGGACUGUGGAAAUAUUUGUCCUUGCUCACAUCUUCAACCAUAAGAUUGAAGUUGCCUACCAGGAAGCUGUUGCUUUGAAGAGGCAAGAAGAGUUGAUUCGUGAAGAAGAAGAAGCAUGGAUGCUUGUGAGCGAACAAAAGGCUAAGCGUGGUGCAACUGAAAAGGAAAAGAAAUCUAAGAAAAAACAAGCUAAACAGAAGCGCAACAAUCGCAAGGGGAAGGAGAAAGGGAAGGAAGCUGCAGCAGCAUUAGACAACCACAUGGACGAGAAUGCUAGCAAUGAGAAACAAGUUCCCCUUAUCAAUGAGGCACAACCUAUGGACGAGAAGCCUGAUGUGUCAGAUGAUGUCUGUUAUGUUUCUGAUUCACUCGAUGGUCUUGAUGAAACCCUCCAGCCUGAUUCUGAAGACAGAGAUGUGAGUCCUGUGAAUUGGGAUACUGAUACUUCAGAAGUUCAUCCGCCUGCUGAAGCCAGCAGCAGCGGGGUUAGUGGAUUAUCAUCAGGUGCAAAUGGAACUUCCGAGAAAAGAGGUGUGUCUGCGAUGGAUGAUAGUUCGUCAACAUGCUCAACUGAUUCGGUGCCCUCUGUAGUUACAAAUGGACCCUACAAAGGAAGCUCAUUUUCAAGCUACCAGUGUGAAAAAUUGCCUAGCAGGGGGAAAAACCACCGAGGUAAGAUAGCAUGUGAUGGGAGUUGGGGUUCUGAAGCAGAUAGUCAACCCUCUGGUUCUGCAACAGAGUCAGGAGAUCUUAAUGCUACAACUGCAAAUGGCAAGUCUGAUGAAUGUGCGUCUGUGGCGGUUGCCCGAACUUUGCAGGAUACAACAACCAGAGCUGAGCAGCAUGUGGUUAAAAAGGAGAAAGUUGCAUCACCAUCCAAGAAACCAAGCACCACAAAUAUUGUUGAGUUGGAAAAGCACUCUAAAGAGAAGACAGCAUCAAUACAAACUUCUCCAGCCCCUUCUAAAAGUCCAGUUCCUGUGAUUCGAACUAAAUCAGAAAAGAAGAUAUCUCCUACGGUAGAUACUUCUGUACAAGUCAAGAACAAAAUAUCUUCUUCACCUUCACCACAACCGACAGCUGAGAAAGGACCAGCCGGUACCCACAACAAAAAUACAAGUCCAUUACUCAGACCUGAAACCCAAAAUGCUGCCUCGGCUCCAAAAUUGCCCGAAAAGUCAACACAACAGCAAGUCCCUGUUGUUGUCUCAAGGCCCUCUAGUGCUCCUCUGGUGCCUGGACCUAGACCGGCUACUCCUGUAGUAUCCUCAAUGGCUCAAACAAGUCCUUCAAUUUCUCGGUCAGCGAGUGCAACCGGCCGUUUAGGUCCUGACCCUACCUUGACCUCACACAGCUAUAUCCCUCAGUCCUACCGGAAUGCCAUUGUUGGAAACUCUGCUGUCCCAACUUCAACCAGUUACAGUCAUCCCAGCUCACCAAGUUCUGUAAGGAAUUUGUCGACGACACCCACACAACAGAACUCGGCGCAAUCUGGUUACCCUCCAUUUGCAAUGAUGACAUCAAGGGAUGUGUUGCAUAACGGACAUCAGUGGAUUGAAAGUUCUCAGAGGGAUUCAAGCAGAGGUAUGCACUAUGAUUCUUCUCCUUCGUCCAUGCUUAAUGGAAUUCAGAACCUCGACUUGUACAACCGUGCUCAUGGCAGCAGCGGGGUGUCCCGAGGGGAUCACUUCCCUGCAGAGUUGCCGACCUCCACAUCCGGUCGCCAGAAUCAAGUUGGUGUUUCAACAGACGAGUUCCCGCAUCUCGAUAUCAUCAACGACUUGCUAGAUGACGAGCAUGUUAUCGGGAGGACUGCGGAAGGAUUCCACCCUUUUGGCAAUAACGAACCCCACUACUUGUUUAGACAUUCAUCUUUCCCUAGUGAUCUGGGACCAUCUGGUGGUGGUGAUUUAUGUUCCUCGACCACCAGCAGCAACAGCAGCAGCAGCAGUAGUUCGUGCAGGUUUGAGAGGGCGAGGAGCUACCAGGACGGUGUGUUCCAGAGAGGGUACAGUUCUUUUGGAGGGGGGCCGUAUGACUCCAUAAGGGACUACAUCCCACAGGGUACAACUAGUCCGUUGCCUUACAGUAACGGGCUGAUGAUGGAUGGCUUGAUCUCUAACCAGUGGCAGAUGUCGAGUACGGAUCUUUCUUUCGCUGGGAUGAGGAAUUCAGACGGUGAUCGUGGGUCGCCGGCCUACUUCAGCCCCGACUAUUCGAAUUUGGCUUGUGGGGUGAAUGGGUAUGCAGCAUAUCGGCCUUCGAAUGGACAUUAA